AUGUCUAAUGCAAAGAUUGAAUUCUAUGGUUGUGGAUCACCAAAUGUUGUGAAGGUACAUCUAUUUUUCAAAGCCCUUGGAGUACCUUUCAAUUACCAUGAGGUAAAGUGGAGAGAUGGAGAGCAGUACAAACCAGAGUUUGUAAAGAUCAAUCCAAACUCAAAGUUGCCGGCAAUUGUUGACCAUGAUGUUGCCGGUGGACCAAUCACCGUGUUUGAAAGUGGCAACAUUCUAUUGUACUUGGCAAACAAGUAUGGCAAGUUCAUCCCAAACGUCCAGACUGAUUUGCAAGGUCACACCGAGGUGAUGAACUGGUUGUUCUGGCAGAUGGCCAACCUCGGUCCAAUCUUUGGCAACUGGUACCACUUCUCUGUGUACGCGCCUGAGAAGUACCAGUACUCAAUCACCAGGUUCACCAACGAGCUGUCUCGUCUGUUCCAUGUGCUCAAUCGCACAUUAGAGACACGCCACUUUGUAGCAGGCAACGAGUACACCAUUGCUGACAUGGCUAUCUUCCCAUGGGCUAGAAUCUACAACUUUGUUCCAGGUUGCACCAAGGAGGAAUUCCCCAACCUCGAUGCCUACAUCACUCGCAUCAAACAGAUAAAGUCUGUCCAAGAGUUUGAGGCGUACGAGGCCGAGCAGAAUGCCAAGAACCCUCGUACAGAGCCAACUGAGGAGCAACGCAAGAACAUGUUUGGUGUUGAUGGCAGGAACACAAAGUAG